GAUCUCCGGGAUAUAAUGUUCCUCUCGGAUAUAACGAUCUCCGGGAUAUAAUGUUCCUUUCGGACAUAACGAUCUCCGGGAUGUAAUGUUCCUCUCGGAUAUAACGAUCUCCGGGAUAUAAUGUUCCUUUCGGACAUAACGAUCUCCCGGAUAUAAUGUUCCUCUCGGAUAUGACGAUCUCCGGGAUAUAAUGUUCCUCUCGGAUAUAACGAUCUCCGGGAUAUAAUAUUCCUCUCGGACAUAACGAUCUCCCGGAUAUAAUGUUCCUCUCGGAUAUAACGAUCUCCGGGAUAUAAUGUUCCUUUCGGAUAUAACGAUCUUCCGCAUAUAAUGUUCCUGUCGGAUAUAACGAUCCCCGGUAUAUAAUGUUCCUCUGGGAUGUAACGGUUUUUCGGAUGUUACGUUCCCCUCGGACAUAAUCUUACGCCAGAUGUAAAGUACAUUCAAUCAGUGUGGUCUUGGUCAUUUCCACUGUGAAAACUUUGACGCUUCUUUAUCGUUUACAUGACGAACAUUUGAAAAAACGAGUUUAAUAGAACUAAGAUUCCUUCUCCAGGUGCCCUCAUUAAGCUGAGGUUAGGUUUAGGGUUAGGGUUAAGCGGGGACUACACUGGCAGAUAAAGAAAUUAAAGGAUCUCUUUUGAACACACGUGCUGAUGAUUUCGCCUAAAUUACGGACGUGCUUUGUUCCGUGUCGGAUUCGGGUUCCAGCGGACAGAUGGGAGAAUCAGCACAGACCUAUUUCUUCAUACAAAAUCUUCUCUAAAUUAAAGCGAAAUUUACUGAGUAUAAAACAAAAGAUUCGGUGCGGAAUUCUGUUUACCUUCAUUUUUUUGCAAUUUCAUUUCAAUUUGUUUUGACAAAUAUUUUUGAAACCUAUGUUUAUCAUGUUUUUUUUGUACCGUUAUUGCAUAGCUUCAAAGUUUUAUUGCUUGGUAAAUUUAUUACAUCUUAUCAAAUCCAGCUCAUCUGAAAUGAAAGAAAGACAUUUCAAAGAUUCCGAAAAAGAGGAAAUGUUUGUAAGUAAUUAAUUUUUAAGCCAAAUGUUGAGUUUCAUAACCUAGGAAAGGAAAAUAUUUUUUAAAAAGGGUCAGGGCUUCCCUUGAAAUUGUACGCGAAAAUCUAAGCUGUUAAGGAACCUACAGUUUUUUUGCACGCGUUGGAUUCACGGCAACGGUGGUCAGAGUCGAAGCGUUUCUGUUACCGUGUACAGAAUCAAUGCUGUAACUUAACACAAGGGCAGUCACAAUUGCAGCAUUAUGGCAAACUUCAAAGGAACAUUCCGACAAAAAUAUCCGUAUCGUUAGAGUAAAUAAAAUUAAGAAGAAAGAAGCUUUGAUAUAUGACACGCUUCCUGAGAAAAAAAAAAGGUUUACCUAAGGACUGUGAAACAGUUUGCCCCAAGGUUUUGCCAGAUUAAGUACAACGCUUCAAAAUGGCCACUAAACUGGAAGCUCUCUAACUUGAAAACUCUACGUUGAAAGGUAUUUUUUCGAGACACUGGCGAGUCACAGCAACGAGGAGCAUCAAAUUUGGCCGAUGGGAGGGUGUUCCUCGGCAGUAUCCCCGGAGGACCCGAACGGACAACAAGCUGGUAAGACCACCUGGUACGCAUGCUGUGGCGCUAGACAAGACUCUACAGCGGCACUUUUGGCCAAAAAAGAGAAAGACCUCGACUGCGAAAGGCCCUCUCCUGAAGAGGCUAAAAAAUGGGCGACGUCGUUUGAAUCGGUGUUGAAACACAAGUUUGGUGUGCAGUUAUUUCAAGACUUUCUUCGUUCACAAUACGGAGAGGAGAACCUUAAUUUCUGGCUAGCGGUAGAGGAAUACAAGAAAGCAGAUGAUAACACUCGAGCAGAAAAAGCCAGGGUGAUCUAUGAGGACUAUGUCUCUACGCUGUCACCCACAGAGGUAAGCAUCGACGCCAAAGUACGAGCAGAAAUCGACAAAAAUAUGAGUAAUCCAGACAACGACACUUUUCAAGUGGCACAGGACCAUAUAUUUACUCUUAUGUACCAUGACUGUUUUCCAAGAUUUAUCAAAUCGAAACAUUACAAACAGCUUUUGAAGAGACAUUAAUCACUGCUUUCAUGCACUAAAGAAGAUUUAUUUAUAAAGCUCCGUGGAUGCUAUCACUUCAGGACUUCAAACUCAGGCCAAGACAAAGACUGCAUUGGUUUAAAUUUUGAUGAAACGUCUUCAGCAAAAUACCUCAAGCUCUCUGAUCGACUUCUGAUAUUUUUUAGCUCAAUAUGCAGUUCUCUAAUAUACUUCUUAAACUCUUCUUGUAGCUGGUCCGGGUUGUUCAAAGCCCGAUUAGGCUAACCGGAUUAACUAACAGGAUUAACUAACUAACAGGAUUAGCGAGAAUUUUGAUCGCAGUUUUGAAACUUUUUCGGUUCGGUGAGCUUUUCUGUUUAUAUUGU